AUGGAAAAAGUGGAUCCAGUUUGUCUUGGUGCUCACCAUCUUCUGGCGAUUUGCUCCCGCAGGAGACCCAAGAGGAACCAUUGCCCGGCGAUGAACGCCUCGUCGUUGUCGGCCAACGACUCUGAGUCGUUUUGGGCGGACGCGGAUCGCAACGCCACGCCGGCGUCGUGGUCCGAGGACGCCCCCGCGCCCUUCGCCGUCAACCCCUGGGACAUCAUGCUGUGCAUGUCGGGCACGGCCAUCGCCUGCGAGAACGCCAUCGUGGUGGCCAUCAUCUUCUACACGCCGGCGCUCAGGACUCCCAUGUUCGUGCUGGUGGGCAGCCUGGCCACGGCCGACCUGCUGGCGGGCGUGGGCCUCAUCCUCAACUUCGUCUUUCGUUACGUGGUCUCCUCGGAGACUGUCAGCCUGCUGACGGUGGGCUUCUUAGUGGCGUCCUUCGCCGCCUCCAUCAUCAGCUUGCUGGCCAUCACGGUGGACCGCUACUUCUCGCUGUACAACGCCCUCACGUACUUCUCGGAGAAGACUUUGCGCUCGGUGCACGUGAUGCUGCUGGCCACCUGGGGCGUGUCGCUGCUGCUGGGGCUGCUGCCCGUGCUGGGCUGGAACUGCCUGGACCGGCCGGAGACGUGCAGCGUGGUGCGACCGCUGACGCGCGGCAACAUCACGCUAUUGGCCGCCGCCUUUUUCGUCAUCUUCGCGCUCAUGCUGACGCUCUACUUCAAGAUCUGCAAGAUCGUGUGCCGCCACGCGCACCAGAUCGCCCUGCAGCAGCACUUCUUCGCCACCUCGCACUACGUAGCCACUAAAAAGGGCGUGUCCACCCUGGCUAUUAUCUUGGGGACCUUCGGCGCUAGCUGGUUGCCCUUCGCCAUCUACUGCCUGGUGGGCGAACGGGACUACCCGUCGGUGUACACGUACGCCACGUUGCUGCCCGCCACCUACAACUCCAUGAUCAACCCCAUCAUCUACGCCUACAGGAACGCCGAGAUCCAGCGUUCCAUCUACAUGCUACUGUGCGGCUGCUUUCGAGCCAACGCCGCCUACCGCUCAAGGUCGCCUAGCGAGGUUUGA